AGGUUGUCAAUAGAUUAACCAAGAUUAGCACUGAAAAACGUUUACCAAAACGUUCAGCGGCGAAAAAACAUAUACUUGGUUAGCGUAUUAAAUAAUAGUACUGAGGUAUUACAAUACAAUUUUAUUUGGUUUUAUGCAAAAUGUUUUUGGAGUAAACGUGUUUAGGACAUUUUUCUUGUUAAUAGAAUUUGUAGUAGUAUUCUGGUGAUUCCCAUACCAAUAAUUAUAUUAAGUUAGUAAAAUCAUGGUGACUGAAGAGCAACAAUCUGAUAUGGAGCUGGCAUCGGAACUUGUACCAGUACCACAAGUUCAGAACUUGUUGGCUCCAGAAACUGUAAAACAACUUGCAAAUGUUACACAAAGGAAACCCCGGCAUCGGAAAAAAGCACUGUACGCUGCUAUUCUUAAACAAAUGGAGUUCUACUUUGGUGAUGCUAAUUUAAGCAAAGAUAGAUUUCUUGGAACGCUUAUAAAGGAAAACCCACAGGUUGAUUUAGCAAUUUUCCUUCGAUUUAAUAAAAUUCGUUCAUUGACUGAUGAUAUUACAAAAAUAGCCAAAGCACUUCAAUCAUCAACUAUGCUUUCUGUAUCGGAAGAUGGUACAAAAGUAUCACGCAUAACACCAAUUUGUCAAAAGGAGAAUGCUGAUGAAUGCACAGUUUAUGUACAGGGGCUUCCACCAGAUGCUGCUCAUGACUGGUUGAGCAAUGUCUUUUCUCAAUAUGGUCCAAUUGCAUAUGUGUCUAUUCCACGAUAUAAGAGUAAUAAAAAGAUAAAAGGAUUCGCUUUUGUGGAGUUUGAAACAGUUGAAAGUGCUGAUGCAUGUCUUAAGGCAUUUCGGGAAAAUGGUUGUGAAUUGCCAUCUCAAACUUCGCCUGAUGAUCUUCUAAGUAUAACUACAUUUAAUGAGCCUGAAGUGGCAGGAGAAACAGGUAAAGAGAACAUAAAAAUUGACGUAAUCAAUGAUAUUGAAGAUGCAAAAAAAGGAGUUCAAUUAGUUGAAACAAAACCAAAAGAAAACGAUAUCUUGAAGAAAGGAAAAAGAAAAUACGAGGAAUUUGAAAAUAUAAGAGAGGAUAACAUAGUAGAAACUUCUGAAAAAGACAAGGACAUGGAAUCAAAAAAGGAAAAGAAAAGAAAACGCAAGAAUUCACCAGAAGUCGGCAAUGCUGAGGACCUUACUAAAUCUGAACCUGAUGAUGAACAGAUAAUGACGGAGGAAAAGCACAGAAAAAGGAAAAUAACGAUAUCUGAAGACGUUAAAGAAGGCAAACAUGAUUUAUCAGCACAAAACAUCGAAAAAUUUGAAGAUGUGACUGAUUCUCAAAAGAAUAAGAAGUCAAAGAAGCGUAAAUUGAAGUCUACGUUAGAUGAUGCCUCAGAAAUAUUUAGAUCAUGUACAGAAAAUGGACGAACUUCGGAGUGUGAUGAGUCCGCGGAAAAUGCUGAACAAGAAGAAGCUUCGAAAACACAGAAAAAGAGAAAGCGCAAGAGGAAACGUCAUAGCAAAAACGAGAAUCCUGAAACUACUGAAAUUGGAAUGCAGGUGAUGGCUAAAAAAGAUUGGAAACGUUUAAGAAACAGGUACCUUGAGUUACAAAGGAGUAAAAUGAAAUCACUGAAGCAGCAUCUGAGACGAGCAAGAUGGAAUCAAUGGAAUAGUUAUGAAAAAAAUAAACCCGAUAAAGAAGAAGUAGAAGAAAAAGGUCAUUUAAAAGUAGAGAAUACUAAUCAGCGAUUUUCAUACACACCAGGAGUUAUAGUCAGUAUUGAAAUGGAGGAGCCUUGCGUUGAUGUACAGAAUUUCAAGAUGGAACUCAAAGGUAACACUAAUGUAAGAUACAUCGAUGUAACCGAAGGUUCUACUCAAGCUUUUGUAAGAUGUGAUACAGCGGACGCCGCGAAGGCUCUAGCACAGAAAACAACUAAAGGAAGAUCUUUGAAAAUUUUGCAAGACGAGGAUGAGAAACUUUAUUGGGAAAAGAUGGUGAGAGAUAGAGAGGAAAAAUUGAGUAAGAAAAUACGUGUGAAACAAAGAGGACGGGACAAAUUAUUAAAAAAGGCAGAAAAGGAGCUGGGAAAACAUAUAAAGUUCGAUGAGGUGUAAAAUUGAGUAAAAUUAUACUGAAAACGAUGUUUAUAUUUUCAAUUGGACCACAUGUAUGACGUUUUGUUGAAAUACAUAAAACACGUUUCUAAAUU